UUCAGUUGCUCUCUAUUCGCCAGUCUGUUUCGACUCAGGCUCUCGUGCGGGCGGAAGCUCCAGCCCCCUCUGCUGGGUGGACUUGUUGCUCGACUCGACUCCCAUCGGCCAGGCUUGUGAUUCGUCUUUUGUCUGGACUCGGGUCGGCCGAUGGCACCGCUUCGUUCUUUCAGCCAUUCCACAAGUGGCCGUCAUCACCAGCGCUUCCGCGUUUCCGGUAAUCGUUGUGCGCUCCCGAGAAACUUGAUUUGAAUUGUGCGGAAGUUUUUAAAAUAUACUAUUGCUUAGAAUUGGAAAUCAAAAAGGAUAGCCAAGCAUCUAUAUAAAUAGUUAGCAAAAAGGAAAUGCAUCAUGAAUUGUGAGAGUUGUUAAAAAGUGCUUUUAUAUAUUUAAAAACAUCGUGGAUUAGUUACGUCCAAAUACAUUCGACGAUUUUUGUUCCGCCACCAGAAGGCUUCAACAAUCAUGGAUGCCACACAGCUAACGGAACUAAUGGGCAGCCAUGAUUUUAUGCAAUUACAACAUCAAUUGCAUCACAAUAACAACAAUUACAACACAGACGGACACAAUGGACUGUCUUCAGAAUCGGCGGAGGGAAGUUCUCGACCCGUCCGUCGUGCCACCAGACGAACUUCACAGCUAAGCAAUAAUACUUAUGACCUGGAGAUGACAGAUUCCAGUUCGCAAAGCGAUGACACGAGCGGCGGAGGCGGCAGCAGCAACGGGGGUGGCAGCACCACCAACACUGGACAUCCGUCCGGCUGCUCUCUGGGGGGUGAUGGGCCAUCAGGCCGCGGGCGGGUACACCAUGCUAGCUCAGGAGCCUGUCCAUCUACCAUUCCACCGAACAGUACCAGCUCCAACUCUUCCAAUGCAAACGCCAGUAGGCGGCGGAAAGGCGCCCUGAACGCUAAGGAGCGGAAUAUGCGUCGUCUGGAGUCAAAUGAACGCGAGCGAAUGCGGAUGCACAGCCUAAACGAUGCGUUUCAAUCGCUUCGAGAGGUCAUACCGCACGUGGAGAUGGAGCGACGGCUGUCCAAGAUUGAAACACUCACACUGGCCAAAAACUAUAUCAUAAAUCUGACGCACAUAAUACUCUCCAAGCGCAACGAGGAGGCGGCGGCCUUGGAGCUGAACUCGGGGGCCGUUGGUGGGGUGCUGCUCUCAAAUCUUACCUCCGAAAGUGGGGGACCAGUAGCGAGUGGUAUUGCUUUAAAUUCCAAUGCCGCGACGCUAUGCUUUGAGGAUACCCUGGCCAGCGGAGGACCCUUUGACUGCGCCCUCUUGGCAGCUACCGACGGCAGCCUGCUGAACGCUACCACAGUGACCGCCAGCCCCGCGAUGCAGAGCAUCCAAUCACAAGCCUUACACUUGCAGACACCGAUGGACCAGCAGCAGCAGCAAGCCAGCCAUCUUCCGCACCAUCAGCAAGCGAUUCAUGGCCAUGGCCAUCUGGGGGCCAGCAUGAGCAUUCAAUCGCAGCAGCAGCCUAGGCUUAUACUAAAUGGCACUACAUCGGUGGGCCUGGGAGUUGGAAUCGGGGUUGGUGUCGGAGUGGUCAACAAUGCGACGAGCUUUGCUGAUAUCAAUGAUAAUUUCGACGAGCCCUUCCGAGAGUUUCUGUAAGCCAUCCAUAACGCGGUGGUUCCGGGUCGUAAGAAACGGGAUUGGAAAGUGGUUGCACACAUGUAUAGCGCUCAAAAACGAUAUUUAUGAACCCCAGCGCGGUGGAUUCACCGGCUUGAGUUUUCGAAACCUUGUGAGUUAUUAUGCUUUCAUACAAUUGUGUCAUUUAUGGAACAUUUUUGCAAUAAACCUAACCAGCAAAUAUUUAAUUUAAAAUAAGAAAUUUUAAUUUUCGAUCUGAUACUUCAUUUCUUCAGGCACACAUUUAAUUCUAUACAUCUUUAGAGAGUUUUAUAAUUUUAGUCAAAUGAUUGUAAAGUUGUAAAAGAGCAUGUUCGAUCCUAUAAAAUCUAUAUUUAUAUAUAUUUACUGGGCUAAUAUAGGAAGGCAUGACUCUCGUUUCGGUAAAAAGACAAAACAUGACAGAAAUAAAGAAUAAGCUUUACUUUUCAAAAUGAUUUUUUUUUAAUUUCCGAGCGCUUUGAUUGUUGCAAAGGACAUUUGCAAGCAGAAAAGCAGUCUUUUAAUUGACUGAUGUAGGAAGUCGACUGCUUUACCAAGCAGGACUGCCUUAGAUUGCACACGUGGGUCCUUUUCUUGUUCAUUACAUGCUAUGAAAUAUUAAUAACAUAUUGGUAUAAUUAUAUAAAUUUGUAUAAGCAAGAUAAAUAAAUUGCUUUAAAGCAUAAACAGAUACAUUAACCAUAUGGAUUACAUAUAUUUUGAUGAGCUUAGUAUAUGUUUUUUGAUAAUUAAAAUAAAAAUAACGGUUACUUAAAAUAUCUCUGUUAAAUAUCAAGAAAUAUGUAUACUUUAGAUAAGACCUAAAACUAUUAAUAAGUUACCACGAAGAAGGCUAACACUUGAUUGUACUUAAAGUUAUGGUUAAAGUUGUGUAUAUGUAUAUGUAUGUAUAAGCUUAUAUCCUGAUCGAUCUCAGAUAAUUAGCUAUGCGCCUAUAUGUCAAUGUAUCUUUGUAUGUAUGUAUAUCGCAAUUCAUGCAAUCAUGCAAAAUACUAAAGCUAAGACCACUUUAUCUCCUUAGUUCUUUUGUUAGUCUUUUUUAAUUUACAACUCUAAUUUUGAACCGAUUUCACAAUCGGUAUCUAUGUAUAUCAUAGGAACUUACAUAUAUAGUGUGCAUAAAUAUAAUUGUUUGUAAUAGGAUGAAAAACAUGGAAUCAAUUACCGUUAACUAGCGGUCCUGCCGUCUGAGGAACGACGGUCUACAAAGUGACGCCUCAAUAGGUUAAUUUACCACCCAUGAUCUUUUUAAUGCACUUGAAACCUUCCAUUGGAUGUAAGAGUAGAAAACGUGGUAAGAGGGGUGUGUGGGCGGACAGGAAAACAAUUAACGUACCGAAACUAAAAUUGGCACAUUUCCGUUAUGGGUCGACAGACUUAGGACACCGUACACGGGAAAGGGACGCCAAUAGUAACGCUCGGACGGUAAACAGUAAUAAAAUAACGGUGCUCAGUGGGUGGUGAUACGACGAGAGGAGGCUUGUAAGGGUGAGUGAGUGAGGGUGGCUGGGGCCAUAGUAAUAAUUAAGUAAAAAAUAGUAGUUGGGGGAAGUCUCUCCCCAUCGGUGUCGAGAUAAACUUGUUUAUUAUGUUUGAUUAGUCAGGAUUUCGUAUUUUGGGUAGGUCGCAGGAAGUUAAGCUCUUCCACAAACUCCAAAACAUCGAUUUGUUGGAAGCAGUGCAAGAUUCUGAACUGAGUUUCUAUACCUGAUACCCGUUCUUCCGUGAGGAGAAUGUAAAUGUUUCAAGUCGGACUAAAGGGUAUAGAUAAUUAUUUAAAAAAAGAUCAAGAUCAAGCCGAGUCAAUCAAGACCAGUCAGUCAGUUUGUUUAAACUCAACAUUUCGGAAAAAAAUGUAAUUAUUUUUUAUAUUGUAUUCAAUUUCCGAUCGAUGUACCUGUGUAUAUCUAAAGUGGUUAAAUGUUACCGGUAGAUAGUUAAGACAGUAGAGUUUACAGUUAUUUUAUGUUUCAUUUAGUUUACCAAGACUGUUGUAAUUUAGUUUUCAAUUAUCUUUUUUAAGUGCGAAGUACAUAUACUUUUCGAAAAACAUGUUUAUUUUUGGUGAAUUUCGCAUAUAAAUACAAUUAUGUAUAUACAUACUUACGUAUAUGCU